AACAAAUGUAUGUGUCGAUGUCCGGCCUUUCCGGUUUAUCCUAUCGAGUGCGUUCCGCGACCGAUUAAGGAUUUUACCCAAAAAGAAAACCCUGAAUUUUUAAACCCCUUGUUUCACAUCUCUGUCACUUAAUUUUGCUUUAGCUUAGAGCCAGGGCCAGGAGAAAACAAUGGUUGAGGGUCAGGGUCAGGGUCAGGGUCAGGGUCAGGGAGAAGAAAUCCCUUCGAAUAUGACUUUAUACAUCAACAAUCUCAAUGAGAAGAUCAAAAUCGACCAGUUGAAGAAGUCGUUGCACGCUGUGUUUUCACAAUUCGGAAAGAUACUGGAUGUGUUGGCAUUCAAGACGCUGAAACACAAAGGUCAAGCCUGGGUUGUUUUUGAGGAUGUUAGCUCCGCCACCAAUGCUCUUAGGCGAAUGCAGGGCUUUCCCUUUUAUGACAAGGAAAUGAGAAUACAAUACGCAAAGACUAAAUCUGAUAUAAUCGCAAAAGCAGAUGGCACUUUUGUACCCCGAGAGAAGCGAAAGAGGCAUGAAGAAAAGGGAGGGAAAAAACGGAAGGAGCAACUUGAUCCUAAUCGAGUAGCAGCAGGUUUGAAUCCAGCUUAUGCGGGUGCUUAUGGUGCUACACCUCCUCUAUCACAGUUACCCUACCUGGGUGCUAGACCAAUGGUUCCGGAAGCUCCUGCGCCACCAAAUAACAUUCUGUUUAUUCAGAAUCUUCCUCAUGAUGCGACCACAACGAUGCUGCAAAUGCUCUUCAAUCAAUACCCUGGUUUAAAGGAUGUUAGAAUGGUGGAAACAAAACCAGGUAUCGCCUUUGUGGAGUAUGAAAACGAGAUGCAAUCAACAGUUGCGAUGCAGGCACUACAAGGUUUCAAGAUACAACAAAACCAGAUGUUGAUUACUUAUGCAAAGAAGUAGAAGGAAAGACCGAAAUAAUCCUUCUCUUGCUUCCAACAUGAGAAGACGGCCAUGUGUAUGGAUAGUUAAUUAGAUAGCAGUUGGCAUCAAAUGUAAUACCCGUCUUGUGAUACAUUGCCGUUAACCAUGGCUUCAGAUUGUCACUGUAGAUUGUUGACCAGAUGUUUAUGUUUUAAAUUAAAUU